CUGCUGACGUAUAUGGAUACAGCUGUUAAAAGAUUAAGUUUGCUCAAGAGCCAUCUAGCUUCGCAAAAGACAGCUGAGCCUGUUACGGAUUCCAUAAAUUCCAACGGCUAUACAGGAUUUCAUGACUUCUUGUCUGAUGAUGAAAAAGAGCUAUGAAAGAAGAUUAGGAAGGAGCUUGAAGGAAAAGAUGUCAAAGCUGUUUCUCCAGGAGAUAUGGACACUAAGGAAGGCAUCCAAAGCCUGAACUACUAUGUAGAAAAUACUGAGUUUCCAUUUGAGAUUUUAGAAAAGCUCAGAUCCUUAAAAGUAGGAGGAGCUACUAUCAAAGGAAAUAGAUCCGAGGAGUUAAGCCCAUUGAUGACUGGAGCUGUCCUUAUGGAACUCUACAGACUUGAUCCUAGUCUUGGUACUUUCUAUUUUGUGCAUAAUCUUGUAUCCUUGGCUACAAUCGAUCUUCUGGGAUCUGAAGACCAGAAGAAAAAGUACAUCCCUGAUGGUUGCAGAUUUUUGAAAGCUUACUCGUUUGGGCUUACUGAACCAUUAAAUGGUAGUGAUGCUACCAAUCUUCAAACAACAGCUGAAAAGGUUGCUGGAGGGUAUAUAUUGAACGGAGAGAAGAGGUGGAUCGGAAAUGCUACCCACUCACAUGCCAUCAUAAUCUGGGCAAAGGUCAAAGAUACUGGAGAAAUCAAAGGAUUCAUAGUUGAAAAUGGCACAAUUGGUAUGUACUGCAAGAAGAUUGAAGGAAAAUAUGCUAUGAGAGCAGUCCAGAACGCUAAUAUUACUCUCAAUAAAGUCUUUGUAACAGACUCUCAAGUGCUUCCUGAAGGAAAUGAUUGGGUAACUGGCCCAGGAAGAUGUUUAAAGCACUCAAGAGUUUAUGCUGCUUGGGGAGCUUGAGGAAUAGCCGCAGGAGCUUAUGAUUUUACAAUUAAAUAUAUUUCUCAAAGGAAACAAUUUGGAAAAACCAUUUCAUCUUUCCAAAUAAAUCAAGAGAAAUUAGCAAGAAUGAUGGGAAACCUUCAAGCUAUGAUCCAUAUGGCUAAAAGAGUCACUCUUCUGUAUGAGGCUGGUAAAGCCACAUUUGGACAAGUAUCACUAACCAAGGCUUGGUGAUCUCAAAAAGCCAGAGAAUGAGUUGCACUUGGAAGAGAGAUGCUAGGCGGAAAUGGAAUCCUUAUUGACAACCAGUUAAUGAAAUUGUUCAUGGAUGCAGAAGCUAUGCACACUUAUGAAGGGUCAUAUGAUAUCAAUAUGCUUAUUGCAGGAAGAGAACUCACAGGAGUAGCCGCUAUAAGAUAAGUUCAACUUAUUCAGGGUUCUAUCUCAA